AAAAGACCAGAGGAGAGCAUCCUCUCAUCCACAGUUCUGCUCGCUCCUCUCUGAAGAUGAUACCACUGAGGAUACUCUGUGUGUUGCUCUGCCUCAACUUAGCUUGGGCUCAGGAUGGGGAGACUGUCUUUGAAAAGGAGGGUGCAGUCGGACGUGGCCCCAGGAUCGUGGAGCAGAGGCACCAGUCCUCCUGCAAGUAUGAGAAGAACUGGCCUAUCUGUGCAGACGAUGACUGGGGUACAAAAUGUCCAUCAGGCUGCAGAAUGCAAGGACUAAUUGAUGACACGAUCCAGGAUAACACUCACAGAAUAGACAAAAUUAGGCAGCAACUUGCAGCCAGUCAAAAUAACUAUAAAACAUCCAAUCGGGUAAUUGUGGAAACCAUAAAUAUACUGAAGCCUGGUCUGGAGGGUGCCCAGCAGCUUGAUGAGAAUUAUGGUCAUGUGUCAGCAGAACUGAGGAGGAGGAUUGUGACAUUAAAGCAGCGAGUUGCCACUCAAGUGAACAGAAUUAAAGCUCUGCAGAACAGCAUUCAGGAGCAGGUGGUGGAAAUGAAACGUUUGGAGGUGGACAUUGAUAUUAAGAUACGAGCUUGCAAAGGAAGCUGUGCAAGAAGUUUUGAUUACCAGGUGGACAAAGAAGGCUAUGACAACAUCCAGAAGCAGCUUACCCAGGCCAGCUCCAUUGACAUGCACCCAGACUUUCAAGCAACCACCUUGAGCACACUGAAAAUGAGGCCUCUUAAGGACUCGAAUGUUCCUGAACAUUUUAAGCUCAAGCCUCCACCAGAAAUGCAAGCUCUGAACGCAUUUAAUAACAUCAAGCAGAUGCAAGUGGUAUUAGAAAGACCAGAAACAGACUCAAGGCCCUCCCGAGGCGAGACCUUUUACCACGUGGAAGAAGCAAGGGGGGAUUCUUCACCUUCCCACACCAGCAAAUUAGUUACUUCUGCUCAUGGGAGAGAAAACCCUAGCCUGGUAGAUAAAACCACCUCCUCUGUCCAUAGAUGCACCAGAACUGUCACUAAGAAAGUCAUUAGUGGCCCUGACGGUCCUAGAGAAGAAAUAGUUGAAAAAAUGGUUUCCUCUGAUGGCUCAGACUGCUCCCACUUACAAGGAGGACGGGAAGGAAGCACAUACCAUUUUAGUGGGACAGGUGACUUUCACAAGCUAGACAGGCUUCUGCCAGAUCUAGAGUCAUUCUUCACCCACGACUCUGCAUCCACUGGUAGCAGGCACUCUAUUGGCUCGAGCACCACCACAACCAGCAGCCGUGUGACUGGGGCAGGCAGCAGCCGCCUGAGCACUGGAGGGAAAGACAAAUUCACAGACUUGGGAGAGGAGGAAGAAGAUGAUUUUGGAGGACUUCACCCAUCUGGAUUUGCUGCCAGCAGUGCAAGUCACUCCAAGACUGUAGUGAGCAGUUCCUCUUCUAGUUUCAACAAGGGAGGCUCCACUUUUGAAACCAAGUCCCUAAAGACCCGUGAAAUAUCUGAGAGGCUAGGUGGGGUGCAACAUGAUCAGAGUGCAGAGGAUACCCCAGACUUUCAGGCGCGCAGCUUCAGACAAGCAGCAAUGAGUACAAGGAGAGACUACAGUGGGAAAGACUGCGAUGAUAUCCGCCAGAAACACACUUUUGGUGCCAAAAGUGGCAUUUUCAAAAUCAAGCCAGAGGGAUCCAGUAAGGUUUUGUCAGUUUAUUGCGACCAAGAGACCACUUUGGGAGGAUGGCUAUUGAUCCAACAGAGAAUGGAUGGAUCAGUGAAUUUUAACCGUACGUGGCAAGACUACAAGAGAGGUUUCGGCAGCGUGGAUGGCAAAGGGCGAGGAGAGUUGUGGCUGGGCAAUGAGAACAUCCACUUGCUGACUCAGAACGAGACUCUGCUUCGAGUAGAGUUAGAGGACUGGGAUGGAAAUGCUGCAUACGCAGAGUACAUCGUGCAGGUAGGGACUGAAGCAGAAGGCUAUGCCCUGGCUGUGUCCUCCUACGAGGGGACUGCGGGGGAUGCACUGGUUGCGGGCUGGCUGGAGGAAGGCUCUGAGUACACGUCCCACGCUCAGAUGCAGUUCAGCACCUUUGACCGGGACCAAGACCGCUGGGAGGAGAGCUGUGCUGAGGUGUACGGCGGCGGCUGGUGGUACAACAGCUGCCAGGCAGCCAACCUCAAUGGCAUUUACUACCCAGGGGGCCACUACGACCCCAGGUACAAUGUUCCAUAUGAGAUCGAGAACGGAGUAGUCUGGAUACCAUUUAGAGCCUCCGAUUAUUCCCUCAAAGUUGUUAGAAUGAAAAUCAGACCCCUGGAAACCCUGUAGAAGGACAGGCAUUUAAUAUUUGUCUCACAGCUAAAAGUCGGAAAUGUCUUCUAUAUAUCUAUGUGUGUGAUGUACCUUUACCCUAUGAAUUUGAAGGCAACAUGGCACAUCUGUGGCAUACAAAAUAAACUGAUUGAUUAUUAACAAAA